AUGUCUACGACUUCUCCAUCCCCACCACCCAGCCUACAGUCGAAUGAGGAUUCCAUGGACUCUGUUUCAUCUGAAUUUUCGACUGAAGCUACUCCAACGAAAGACUAUGAUUCAUCUCAAAAAAAUGCAUACAAAAUAAAUUCACUAACAUCGCACGGUGUAGAGGACAUACUUUCUGAAGGCGCUAACUAUAAUACGCCAGAAAAUCCGUUUCCAGAUUGCAAAGCAGAAGUCCUUUCCUCAAUAUCAAGUCAAGUAUCAUUUGUGCAAGAUUACAAUUCCGGAGAUUCGACGGGGUUUAGUAUACAUGAUAUUCUUGGAUUACAGCAAUCAUAUAAUUCUACAGGUACCCAAGAAAGUAUGUUAGAACCUCGAUACGAUUACCAAAUACCACAUUAUGAUAAUAUAAGUAACAGUUCGAAUAACAACUACGGAUCAGGCACUGAAGAGGUGGUAUCAGAUUACCACAUGGCCGGAGCGAGCGAAGACUUUUUUCCUUCAAACGAAGCUGAAGUCGGAAAUCAAAAUAUUUACCAAAGAAGUUACCAAGAAAACAAACCUGUUCGAUGUCAAAGAAGUGAUUUGGGCAAUGAUGUCGUAAAUAAUACUGAAGAAGAAGUAAAUGAUAUCAGCGAAUCAAGUUUUCCCAGUCAGAGUUCAACAUGGUGUAGCAAAUCCUCCAUAGUAAGCAACCAAAUUAUGAGCGCAUCAUCUUUAACAAACGAUAUGUCUACCGAUUCAUCUUCUUAUCCAAAAGGCUUUACUAAACGGGCAAGAACUGCCUAUACAAGUUCACAACUGGUCGAAUUAGAAAAUGAAUUUCACCAAAACCGCUAUCUGUGUCGUCCAAGACGCAUCGAGUUAGCUAACUACUUACAACUAUCAGAACGUCAAAUCAAAAUUUGGUUCCAGAACAGACGUAUGAAGUACAAAAAAGACAAUAAGCACAAUAAACCAAGUUCCUCAGUUGAUGAUAACAGUCCGUCAAGUUCCAAGGAGAUGUCGCCAACUCAAGAUCAUAAAAUGAGUCACGGAAGAAGCUGUGGUGGCCACGACCGUCACAGACGCUUACUUUCUGAAAGCCACGCGAGUCAUCAUAAAAUUUAUGUAACAUCUAAUGAUGCACUUACACGACCACCUGAAUACUCAUCGGUAAAUGGACUGAAGUCAGUAAUUAAAGGACCACAGAGCACAAUCGAAUUGCCAGCCUAUACGCCUAAUCUGUCGUACUCUUCGUACUAUGCAACAGGAGCAAGUAGAAGCGCUUACUCACCGAUGCCUGAGGUUUAUCGAUACAAUAACGAUGAAUCACUGCAACCAAGUUCACAUACUUUAUCGAUACUACAGUCCGACAGUUACGUUCCGAAUGGUGCUAACUUAAAACUAUGCGAAGAUGUGACGCGCUAUCCAAAUGGAUCUACUUAUUACAACACACUUUCGAAUGGGGUAGUAAUGCAUACGCCAACUACGGAAGCAUAUGGAUUCAGCAACACGUUGCCAGCAUUAACUACUCCAACUUACGAAGAUGGAGCUUUGCAUACAAGAGCAAGCCUAACAUUGCCUCCAGAUCCAUAUUUUUCUUAUUUGGCGUCAUCCGAGGCAUCUAGUCAACAAGCUUCUACUAAAAACGUUUUAAUGACGGUAACGCCAUUGAGUGAAACAAAAGAGAUUAAUUGCUGGGAAAACCGACCGUUCAUACACAGUUGGCCGGCGUCAAAAUAUCAAAAGAAAACUAACAAAGGUAAACUCACAUCUAAGAUAAAGAAAACUAAACGUAACCGGACGGCGUAUACGACAGAUCAGCUAAGGAUUUUAGAAAACACAUUUGCCCGUACAAAAUACGUGGAUGCGGAACGUCGCAAAGAGCUCGCGGAUUAUUUAAAGAUCGAUGAAAAAUGCGUCAAGGUUUGGUUUCAGAACAGAAGGAUGAAAGAUAAGAAAGAAAGUUCAGAAUCAAGCAAUGAUUCUUCGAGCGAAUGCGUCGCUUAUGAGCCAGUAACGCCACCACCAGCGAAACAACAAAACAGCUGUGAAGAUAAAUACAUUCAUCCAUACAACAGUUACAUUGAGCCGACAGUUCAUUGCAAUCCAGAAUCUUAUUACUAUCCUUAUGAGGAUAAUUGCAAAGUUUUUCACCCCGCCUAUGGAAAUGGUUAUCAGAACUAUGUUCCAACCAAUUAUAUAACUCCAAGUGUGCCGUCUCAUACUAAUGAAUGUUUUCGCAAUGAUUCAACUAUUUAUCCCACACAAUAUUAUCCUUGUUCAUCUGUUCCGGAAUACAUGUACACUAAUCAAGAUCACAAUCACUCUGGUCAAAAUCAACAAAGCACAUUUUCCGAUGUUUCCAACUGGUCAGCUAAUGCUAUAGAUUUGAAUUAUUUUUAGAUAAUUUUAUUUGUGUGUAAUAAAUAGUCUAUAAAAUAUUUAUAAUGUUAAAUAAAUUCUAUAAUAGGUUAUUUACAAAAUAUAAUAAGAGUCACGAUCGUUUGUGUAAGUUUACGAUAGUUGGUAAUGAGUUCGACAUUAGUGAAUUACUCAGUGAAUUGUAUUAUUUAGGUUUAAUGAUAAAACUUAUAAUAUUAGUUAAUAAUUGUAUAGCAUUAAUGUUCAUAUGAUUUUUUUGGUACAAAAAUCUAUUUUCCCCUGAUAUA